AUGUCAUUCAAAACUAAUGCAUCAAUUACUCAAUUUGGAGGUCAAUUGUUGAAAUUGACUCAUGAAUCGAAAGUUACAAAGACACCAAUGAAUGUCAAUGUCUUCAUCCCACCCACUUCCAAACACUCCAAGACUCCGGUAUUGCUAUACCUUUCUGGAUUGACUUGCACACCAGAGAAUGCAAGUGAUAAGUCAUUUUUCCAAUACUGGGCUAGCAAAUAUGGAUUUGCAUUGGUUUUCCCUGAUACGUCACCAAGAGGAGCCAAAAUUAAAGGAGAAGAUGAUGAUUGGGAUUUUGGUACCGGAGCUGGGUUUUAUGUUAAUGCUACUCAAUCUCCUUGGUCGACCAAUUACAACAUGUACUCGUAUGUUCACGAAGAAUUGUUGGAAGAAUUGAGCAAAGAGUUUAAGCAAUUGGAUUUCGACAAUAUCUCAAUCACGGGCCAUUCAAUGGGGGGUAUGGGAGCUUUGGUUGGGUUUUUGAGAAAGCCAAGAGACUACAAAUCAGUCAGUGCAUUUGCCCCAAUUUCAAAUCCAAGUGUUGUGCCCUGGGGUGAAAAGAAUUUCGGUGCUUACUUGGGCAAUGAUCAAAACAAGUGGGCUGAAUAUGAUCCAACUGAAUUGAUCAAACAUUUCAAUGGUGAUGACUCGUCCACUAUAUUGAUUCACCAAGGAUUAAAAGAUAAUUUCUAUGAAAGAGAAUUAAAACCUGAGAAUUUCGUUAAUGCGGCCAAAAGUUACAAAGGUGAGGUUGAUUUGAAAUUAGUUGAUGGAUAUGAUCACUCGUAUUAUUUUAUUAGUUCGUUUGUCGAAGAGCAUGCUAAACAUCAUGCUAAAUACUUGGGGUUGUUAUAA